UCGACGCCGAAAACUACACGCGCAUUUCAAAGUCGCAGUCACUCGCGCUCGGCGGUUCUUUCGUCGUCGUCGUCGUUCGCGUCGGUUUAGUUCUGAAGAAAUGGAUGAGAAAAAGGUUGAAGAUGAGGUUACCCUAAAACCAAAAAUGACGCUGCUUAAUGGCAUCACCGUCAUUGUUGGCAGCAUCAUUGGUUCGGGGAUUUUCGUGUCACCUGCCGGUGUCUUAAUGCACACCGGUAGUGUUAAUUUGUCACUAAUUGUUUGGAUUGCAUCCGGAAUUUUUUCUAUGGUUGGAGCUUAUUGUUAUGCAGAAUUAGGAACGAUGAUAAGAAAAAGUGGCGCCGAUUACGCUUACAUAAUGGUAACAUUUGGACCAUUUUUAGCAUUUAUAAGAUUAUGGAUUGAGUGUAUGAUAGUUCGACCAUGUUCCCAAGCAAUUGUCGCUUUAACGUUUAGCGUUUACGUUAUGAAACCGUUCUUUCCCGAUUGUCAACCACCAGAAGAUGCAGCAAGAAUGUUAGCAGUCUGUUGUAUAUGUGUUUUAACUUUUGUAAAUUGUUAUGAUGUUAAAUGGGCAACACGAGUACAAGAUGUUUUUACUUAUGCAAAAUUAGCAGCGUUAUUUGUAAUUAUUGCAGCUGGAUUUUAUCAAUUAGCCUUAGGUAAAACGGAGCAUUUUACUUUUACGAAUACAAAAACCGAAAUCACGUCGAUAGCAUUGUCCUUCUACUCUGGUCUGUUCGCUUACAAUGGCUGGAAUUACCUCAAUUUCAUCAUAGAAGAAUUGAAAGACCCAGUUAGAAAUCUUCCGAGAGCUAUCGCAAUUUCUUGCACGUUAGUAACUGUCGUGUACGUCUUCACCAACGUGGCGUUUUACACAACUUUAUCGCCUGCUGAAGUGAUCGGUUCAGAAGCUGUGGCGGUUAGUUUUGCCAACAUUCUAUUCGGACCGAUGGCAUGGACUAUUCCAGUUUUUGUGGCCUUGUCCACAUUCGGAGCUGUUAAUGGAAUCCUUUUAACAUCGUCCAGACUCUUUUAUUCAGGCGCUUGUGAAGGACAAAUGCCCGAAUUAUUAACGAUGAUCCAACAGAAGAGAAUGACACCAGCACCAGCUGUUUUAGUCAUGGCUGUUUUAUCGAUGUUGUAUCUUACAAGUUCUGAUAUAUUCGCAUUAAUUAAUUAUGUUGGAUUUGCUACUUGGUUGAGUAUAGGAGUAUCAGUUCUUUGUUUACCAUGGUUAAGAUGGAAACAACCUAAUUUGGAACGUCCAAUUAAAGUGAAUUUGAUUUGGCCAAUUCUUUAUUUAUUAGCAACGGCUUUUGUAACAGCCGUUCCUAUGAUUGCGAGUCCCGUCGAAACGGGUAUUGGUUUGUUAAUGAUUCUUUCAUCCAUUCCCGUUUAUUUCGUGUUUAUCCUCUGGAAAGAUAAACCGCAAUGGUUCGCUAAAGGAACUUACGGAGUUACGAUAACAUUCCAACGUUUACUGAUGGUCGUUGGGAAAGCAAAAUCCGCCAAAGUGUAAAUGACCACAUAUCCGAUUAAUUUUUUGUUUCAUUUCGUAUUUGGCUUCCCCACAACUGAUAAAGACACAAAACGAACCAAUCCCAACUCAGUAUAUGCCAAAGAUUGAUAAUUAAGUUUUAAUAGUAAAAUAUUUUUUUGUUUUAUAACGUUUUUUCGUCAAUAUAGCAGAACAUAUUUAUGUAGCCCUUCCACUUUUGUACUUGUAACGUAUUUUUAGAUAUAAAUAACAAUAAUAAAAUUUUAUAUUGGUAUCUAUUUUAUAAGUUUAGUGGUUAAGUUUAAUACGAAAAUAGAUAUAAUAAUUAUUAA